CACUGAUUGUGGCCGCGGCGAGCGUCGGCGUUAUGGCCGUGGAACUGAUCAUCGACGAUGACACGGACAUCAGCACUGUCGACGUGGAUGCAGGCGGGGUGCGACGUAGUGUACGUGCCCCGAAGAAACCAUCCCACUCGUACAAGGACGUCUUGGAGAAGGAGGACAUCAGGUCUGAGGUCCUGAAGAUUGAAAGAGCUUCCAAACGAGUGGAAGCAGGUCAAGCGGAGGCGCUGAACGUGGACGUGGCGAGGAAACCUUCCAAGAAGCGAAGCCGAGGAACGGAGGACGAUGGCGUAGGAUUCCCCUCGCAAAGCAUCGUCACAUUGACCAUGCCGGAAGACAUCGCGGUUAUCGUGAACACAUACAAGCCAUGCAUUGUGUGCCACGAAUUGCUCGGCGUCGACGGCUUGUCGUACUGCCUCGAUUGUACCAAGUACUUUCACGGAUUGUGUUUGAAAGGCUCAACCAUUCCAUUGAACUGUUCGUCCUGCGAGCGAACACGCGAAGCAAGCAACACGGCGUCCAAAUACAAGAACGAGCGUGUGUUGGGGGAAUACAUCCGAGUGGGUCCUUCGAAGAACUUGUUUCAGUAUCGAAUGACGUUGUUGCAUCGAUAUACCCACCCUCAUUUGUACAAGGGCUUGAAACACACUGCCAAACCGUCCACGCCGCUGGCCACCCCUGUGAAGGCGUCCCCAAAGAGCAAGAGCGCUGCGGGGAAGAAGCAUCACAAGAAAAAAGCUCCCUUCCGUGGCGUCAAGGAUUCUACGACGACACAAAUUGGAGCGAACGAAGCAGACGAUGCCGAUGCGUUCUUUGAGCUAACUUCAGAUCCUGUCGCGUUGCCGAACAAGGCAGUCGACUCCCCAAGAAAGAAACCCCGACCUGAUGAUCGAGUCACGGCUAUCGCGGUCGGUCUGGAAGACGACGAAGCCAGGGACAACGGGAACGAUGCCCUGGACGGCAGUGACAGCAACGCAUUGCCGAACGAGACCGACAUCACCGCGCCACCACAGCCGUCUGCGGUGCAAGAGACAGUGGAAAAUCUCAUAGAAAUGGUGCUCGUGAAAGUCGAUCGCCAUCCCGACGGAAGCAUUCUCGAGGAAGCGUCGACCGCGGACUUUUCCGAUUUGCGCGAGUUUCAUGGCAUUCCACUCGUGACUUCGCCACUCGUCCCGCUUCGACCAGUCCCGACACCGACCCCACGAGGUGCCCACGACCUCGAAGACGUCCCAAUGCUUUUUGAGAACAUCGUGGACGACGAGCAUCACGAACCGGCCGAAGUGACGGAGUCGUACGAGUCGGCGUGGCCGGCUGGCAUGAUGCCCGACUCCACAGCAGUCACCGAGAACCCAAUUGCAGCUUCCGAGGACAGGAAAAAUGCGUAAACAAGGACAGGUUGGAUUGAAUGGAGCAUAGUCCUGCGUUCGUGCCGGAUAUGCCAGAACGGAGCAGCUUAGGCCAGUGUGCUGUAAUUCCACGACUUCGCUUUCGUGGUCUCCGCCCUCGGUUGCGAUGGGUGGCUGCACAUGCUCGGAAUCGGUUGACUGCUGCCCAUGUGUCUAGGCAAAGGUGCUGUAGCGGACAACGGUGCCUUCUUUGCCAGAGUGCACUUGGGCUCGUUGUGGCGUUGUUUGGUCGUAUUCGUCGGUUGAUUCCAUCUCGUUCCUGGAUCGGGCGUGGGCAAAUGGACUGAUGUGGGGCACUUCCUCGACGCGUCCUGUUCUUUCCAAGCAAACCAUCUCGUUCCAAAGCACCGUCGCCGUGUAGAACCUCAUUACAAACUGUCGAGCUCUUGGCGUGCGUUCCGUACCUAGCUGCCAAACGAUCGUUGCGGCAUCAAACGUUCUCAACUUCUUGCUGCCAUCCAAAUGCUCAUCCACGUGGACCAGAUCGUCGCUAGCAUGUCAUGACAGAGUCUUCUCAAGGCCCUUCGCCAGCCGACCAUCAUCGGACAGCCGGAUGAAGCUCACGGCACUGCAUCUUGUCGGGACAUCUCGGCCGCCUUCAAUUGGUU